AUGGUGAGGAAUACUACUCCUCGCUGGGGCCCGCGAUCUGGCGCUAUGCCGCGGGCCAUUACUCCCAUCACCUCCGCAUACACGACUCCAAUGGGCUCCUCCUAUCCAACACCACUGGCGUCGGCCUAUGCAUCGGCGUACACGUCUGAAGCCGAAUUGGACAAUGAAGGGGAUGCUGUCAAGGCCGACGGAGAGUUGGAAGAGGCAACGAAUUCCCUGGCGGCUCUCACUAUGGAUACGCCACUGCGUCCCUUCAGGCGCGAACGAAAAGUCCCGAGGACGCCUUUUCACUUUCUUAGCCUCCCUUCCGAGCUUCGCAUCAAGAUUUACGAAUACUUCUUUGACAAUGCUGAAGAUAUUAUUGAUCUGGGGCCCGAAAACUACAAGCGUACCCACAAGAAGCUUGGAUUUAUGCGUACCUGCCGGCAGAUCCAUGCCGAGGCUACUCAUUUCUUCUAUGGAACACGCACCUUUCGGCUUUUCCCAACGUACCCAGGCAAGCACUUCAAGUCCAAGAAGCCGAUGCUGGCUCGGCUCAAGCCCAUUCAACGACAGUGCAUUACGUCGUUGGAACUCCGCCUCGGUCCUGGAUGGAACGCCCCUCCUCGCGGCUGGGUUGUAAAUGACGCCUUGGGACUGACUGAAUGCAUCAGCUUGCGGACGUUGACAGUCUUUGUGGAAUGUGACCCAAGCGAUGCCUACUUUAAAGGCUUCCGUCGUUCAGACGGCUUCUAUGAGACAUUCUGUCGCCGCCUGUUGGCGGAUGUCGUCAAGGCACUCCCAGAGGUCCAAACCAUCCAAUUUGACGCCUGGAAUAGUGUCAAGAAAUCUGGCGCUAUGAUGCGCAGCUUGAUGGAGGUUGCUGCGCAACUCAAUAUGGAAAUUGCCUGGGGUCCGGAGCGCGGCUGGACCGAUGCUGAUGAGCCUGACGAACAAGGACAAGCAGUCCUACAGGCCCAGACAAGCGAAGAUGGCACACAAUUUGUUGAUAUCGCUGUUCCACCAGACGUGUUUGCCAACAACAUUGUGGCCGUGGCCUGA